AUGAUGACACGUGGAAAACAACGCCUGAGUAAAGGAACAAGCGCUACACAAGGCAAAGCCACCAGCGUUGGUGCUAAAAGGCCUAGUUCCACCCGUUCUGUCCCUUCUGUGGCAUGCAAGCGUUCACGACGAGUCCCUCCAAACAACGGCCCUGUCCAAACACCCCAUCUUGCAGACGCUACGCAUCCAGCUGAACUCGAAAGGCAACCCCUCACGGGUAAUUCCACCACUGCAGUGGAUCGUCAAGAACUAACGACCUCAUUGAACCCGUCGUCGGUCUCCAUUCCGGAUCUGACAAAGGCAGUGUCAGCCGCUGUGAUAAAAAGUUUAUCUGAGGCAGGCGUUAUCCCGUCGGCGAACACUGUCCCAACCACAGAGCAGAAUGCUGAUCCAGCUGCUGCUGUACAGGAGUCAGUGGCAGCUGUUGUUCAGGAUUUAACUGCUGAGGGCCAUAAUUUUCAAUCAAAUAAUGAUUCUGUAAUUUCGGGCAGUCGCGAUGCUAACAGUCGGCCUGGUACUAUUCACAAGUUGAUUUCCAUUCCCUUAGCGAGUAGGGUAUCCGAAAAACUGCAAUCUAAAAUCUGGGCAAACGAAUAUGUCGAUUUAGGUAACCUUUUCGCAACGUUGCCCGGGGACCCCAAAUACAAUUUUAACAAUAAAAAAUUUACCUGGGUCUUCAACGCCAACUGUUAGUCCCGAGCCUGUGCAAAACACAAAGCGCAUACCUACAAUCGAUCAGUGGACCUCUGCUUUUCAAAUUUUUGUUGCUAUUUAUUGUUGCUAUUGUGCAAAACACAAAGCGCAUAGCUACAAUCGAUCAGUGGACCUCUGCUUUUCAAAUUUUUGUUGCUAUUUACACAGUGCGUUUUCCAGAAACGGCACCGGCCUUGAUGAAGUAUAGUGCGACGGUGCGUGAUUUAGCGGCUAAAAAUGCGCAUUGGCGCUAUUACGAUGAGAAUUUCCGCUAUUUGCGGCAAAAAUCCCUUUUUCCCUGGGAUGAAAUACACUGGGAAUUGUGGUUGCAGGCGCACCACAUGAUGCGUAGUUCAUUUCCAGCUUCUCCAGGAAACAACGCUAAUAAACAAUCGUCUCAGCCCUUUCCAAAAGGAUUUUGCUAGAAAUUUCAUCAAGGCGAAAAAUGUUUUGGCUGUAACUUCAAACAUGAAUUUUUCAAAUGUGGGGCAACCCAUUCGACUUUUCGAUGUCGUGGGACCAAACCCUCCGCCGCUACAUCACGCCCCGCCUCGGCACAUGCCGCUACCAACACCAAUCAAGUAAAUAAAGUAAAUUAGAGUUUUAUUUAGACGGUUAUCCACCGGCGUCGAAGCGCUAUCUACUAGAUGGUUUCUUAAGAGGGUUUUCUCUUGAUUACGUCGGAUAUCACGAGAUGUCCUUCUGCAAUAAUUUGCUGUUAGCAAUUCGAAAUCCUUCAGCUGUCAAUGAAAAACUUUCCAAGGAAUUAAAAUUAGGUAGAAUAGCUGGACCUUUUUCUGAAAAGCCUCUUUCUUCAUUACGUUUAUCGCCGUUAGGUUUAAUCCCUAAGAAAGCGCCAGGGGAAUUUCGCUUAAUUCAUCACUUAUCUUUUCCUUAUGGCACAUCUGUCAAUUCUCAUAUUCUCAUAUUCCUACGGAAGCAUCUUCAGUUCGCUACACAUCAAUCGACGAUGCUAUUAGGAUUAUUAGGCGCACAGGCAGGGGCUGUGCGCUUGCAAAGACAGAUGUCAAAAAUGCUUUUCGACUGAUCCCGGUUAACCCAAAUGAUUACGACCUGCUUGGUAUUUUUUGGCAAGAUCACUUUUAUUAUGAUAAGUGCUUGCCCAUGGGCUGUUCCAGCUCGUGUAAGAUUUUUGAGGCUUUUAGCUCCGCGUUAGAAUGGAUUGCACAUUACAAAUUGUCAACUCCGGGUAUUUUACAUAUCUUAGACGAUUUUCUCAUCAUUGAGUGUGAUACAGUUACAUGUUCGACAAAACUUUUAUCGUUUUUAAAAACUUGUGACGAUUUAGGGGUUCCCAUGGCGCCUGAAAAGACCGUUGGUCCAAGUACAGUUCUUUCUUUUGUGGGUAUCGAACUUGAUACUUGCAAAUUGGAAGCGAGGCUUCCUCAGGAUAAGAUAGACAAAUGUACUAACACGAUACAAGAUUUCCUAAAGCGCAAGAAAGUCACUCUAAAAGACAUGCAAUCUCUAAUAGGGUUGUUAAAUUUUACCUGCUCAGUAGUUGUGCCUGGAAGAACAUUUCUCCGACGAAUGAUUAACCUUACAGUAGGCAUCAGGCGACCAAUGCGUAUGAUUCGCUUAACGAGGGCAGUAAAAGGCGAUCUUCACUUGUGGUUGCAAUUCCUUACACAGUUCAAUGGCAAAUCAUUCGUUUUAGACUUCGUUUGGCUUUCAUCCGAUAUGAUACACCUAUACACUGAUGCUUCAGGCUCAUUAGGCUAUGACGCGGUUUUUGGUAGGAACUGGUUAUAUGGCGCUUGGCCCAAGCGUUGGAGCUCGCUUAAUAUAGUCAUACUUGAAAUGUUUCCGAUUGUAAUUAGUGUUGAAAUAUGGGCUAAUAGGCUGGCCAAUAAGUGUGUCACAUUCCAUACAGAUAACCAAGCGCUUGUAGAGGUUAUCAAUUAAAAAAACCACAAAAGAUAAAAAACUGUUGGUUUUAGUCCGCUCCUUGGUUUUGUCAUGUUUGAAGCAUAACAUACUUUUUAAGGCAGUUCAUCUGCCCGGUCUUUGUAACACAAGCGCUGACGCAUUAUCGUGUUUACAGGUAGACAAAUUUAAGUCCCUCGACCAGUAUGCAGCAGCCGAACCGACAAUUGUUCCUCCACAUCUGCUACCAGAAAACUGGCCGAUAUAACUAAAACACUUUUAGAGGCUAGCAUCAGUAGCGCUUCAGUUAAAGCUUACAAAAGGCCCUGGGCGCUAUUUACAUCUUGGGCCCAGCAAUUUUUAGGUGACAUGCUUAUUACGCUACCCAUUCAACCAGCUAUUUUAGCUUUCUUUAUUGCUCAUUUGUACUCUUCGAAAUACGCAGCGUCGUCCGUUACGACUUAUGUUUCUGCCAUUAGUUACGUACAUCAAUUAGCUGCAGUGGAUGAUCCCACCGAAGCAGCCAUUAUAAAUCAGCUCCUUAAGGGCUAUAGGAAGUUAGCUCCCACUAGAGAUAUUCGUUUACCGAUUACGUUACCAAUCCUAAACAAGCUAUUAGGAUCGUUUCAACACACAGUCUCAUCAGCAGAUCAAAUACAUUUGCUCUCAGCUAUGUGUGCCAUUGCAUUUUUUGCAUUUCUGCGAAUAGGAGAAAUAACAACAACUUCCGGU